AUGCCUGUUAGAUAUGUUGUGUACGGUUAUUACAACACAACAGAUGCUGCAAAUCAAAUAGCUCUACAUCCAAUACCAUAUUAUGGGGAUUUUCGGCUGCAGUCAUUAAGGAGAAGGAAACAUUGGAUAGAUUUGGAUAAAUUGAAGCGAGCCAGAUCGGAGCCGUCUCGUCAAUUGUCAAAGGCAUGUUUGCACAAAGACAUGCAUUUCAAGGCAGAUGACUUUUUGUACACUCUGAAUAUGUCGGAGCUAAAAGAACGCACAUUUCCUCGACUAAUGAGGGAUGAAAUUGGGGUUAGCGUUCAUCCGACGGUAGUACAACCUGUGGUCGAAAGGCAGGAGGACAUAUAA